AUGAGUAAAGGAGAACUUCACGUACGAGUUCUUGAAGGAAGAAACGUCAAAGAUACAGACGCUAUUGGUGAAGGUGAUCCAUUCGUCGAAUUCUGGAUCGACGGGCACGAAAAACACGCAACUGAUCCACGUAACAAUACCGCCACUCCAGUUUGGCUGUACGAGACCACUUUUCCUUUGAGUGGUAAAGAACAUCAUUUGCAUAUUCGCCUUCUCGAUAAAGAUCUGUUAUCCAACGAUGAUAUUGGUGAGACCACAGUUGACUUGGGGCCUAUCUACCAGAAUUACUACCAAGACACUUGGAUUCAUGUCUCACAACCAAAAUCAAAAGAAAGUACCGGAGAAAUUCAUUUAGUUUUGGAGUACUUCCCAACAUAUGGUUAA